AUGUCCGCAGAAUCAGACAAGACAUUUGUAGAAGCAACGGCUCCUGCUCCAUCGACAGCGGUCCCUUACCAAUGGAGCGCUUACAUGCUCGAAAUCUACUUGGGACGGAAUGGUCCGCAACCCCUGGGAACGGUGAAACUCCAAGAAAUCGUGGAUAAGGCUAGGGAAGUGAGCAAGGGACACUCCGACGCCUUUGACUUCGUUCAUGAUGGCGCUGGAACCAAUAGCACCGGCGAAGCGAACGUAAAGGCAUUCGAGAAGUACCGCAUCGUGCCUCGCAUGCUUGUGGACGCUACAAUUCGAAGCAUAGAGACGACCAUAUUUGGUGUGAAGCAAAUAUCACCUCUACUUAUCGCCCCGGUGGGCGUGCAGGGUAUACACCACCCAGAUGCUGAAUUGGCCACAGCGGGGGCGGCGGGAAAAGUAGGCGUACCGUUUAUCAUGAGCACAGCGUCGUCACGCAGCAUCGAGGAAGUCGCCCAAGCCAAUGGACCAGGAAAUACACGGUGGUUUCAACUAUAUUGGCCGCGUACCAACGAAGUUACCUUAUCGUUGCUUAAGCGCCUGAAAGACAACGGUUUCUCCGUCCUUGUCGUCACCGUGGAUGCUGUAGUCCUAGGCUGGCGUUCAAAAGACCUGAGCAACCGAUACACUCCAUACCGGCACGGCUUUGGCAUCCAAGUUGGCACGUCCGAUCCCGUGUUCAUGGCGCGCUUUGGAAAGCAACCCGUCAUCGACUAUCACCCGGGAUUUCCGUACGACCCUGACACACUCGAUAAGCGUCUUGAGGAGGGCGAUGAAAACGUAGCGGAGGGAAUGCGACUUGGACAGGCGUGGGGGAAUGAGCAUAAUUCGGGGAUUUAUAGGACUUGGGAAGAUCUCAAGUUCUUGCGCGACAACUGGGAUGGUCCGCUGGUUUUGAAGGGGAUCCAGUCGGUGCAGGACGCGGAGAUGGCCGUGGACUACGUAGAUGGAAUUGUCGUUUCCAACCAUGGUGGUCGACAAGUCGAUGGCGCAAUUCCCUCCAUAGAUGCGUUGGACGCAAUUAUGCGUUCGCCGAAAGUACUAGAGGCACAAAAGUCUGGCAAGUUCACGGUAUUGUUUGACUCGGGUAUCCGUACUGGCAGCGAUAUCAUCAAGGCAGUUGCGCUGGGAGCACAAGGCGUCCUAUUGGGGAGACCGUUUUUAUACGGGUUGAUGAUCGCAGGUCAAGAAGGGGUCGAGCAGAUUCUGAAGCAGACAAUGGCCGACUUGCAUAUCUCCCUCGGGCUCUCGGGAUGGAAGGAACUGGAUGACAUUCGUGGUCGACGCGACGAUGUCUUGGUAAAGCUGGAUUUCUAG